CUUCCAACAUGGCUGCUUCCAUGAUUCAGAGAAAUCUUCCUGUUUUUAAACAGAAUAUGUCGGCUGCAUUCGGAAACAGCAGCUUAGUUGUAAAGUCAGUAGCAGUGCUGGUGUUCUUCGGAUACUUUCUGUCGUUUAUUCCCGGAGGAACGCCCUACGUUACCGUGACUCCGGGCUAUGUUUUGCCUCCGAACUUCUGGGUCUGGACUUACCUUACGCAUAGCUUUGUGGAGUUCCACAUAUGGGACGUUUUAGCGGAUGUUUUGGUGGUGAUUUUGUGUGGAAAACUCCUGGAGCCAUUAUGGGGUGCUAUGGACAUGUUGAUAUUUUUUGUAGUUACAAAUCUUUUAGUUGCCAUAGCAACAUCUUUUACUUAUUUAUUCAUAUAUUUUGCAACCAAAAAUGAAGAAUAUUUGUUUGAGACAUACAUUCAUGGACUUGCCGGCUAUAUUGCCGGAUUCUCAGUUGCUGUUAAACAAGUAAUGCCAGACCAUGUUUUGAUUACAUCGCCGUUUGGCAAGCUAAGAAACACUCACAUUCCAUUGAUUCUGGUGACAGUUGUUAUUACAUUACGCCUGCUCGGUGCAUUGGAUGGACCAUACCCCAUCAUGUUCAGUUGGGGCGUGCUGAUUAGCUGGGUGUAUUUGAGGUUUUACCAGAAACACUCAAAUGGAAACAGAGGAGACAUGGCUGACAACUUUAGUUUUGCAAGCUUCUUUCCCAGUCAGCUACAGCCGGUGAUUGGUAUCCUGUCCAACUGGGUAUUUGCAGUCUUUGUUAAAGUCAAAAUCUGCAAGAAACCACAGAGAAGAUAUGAUGUGAGUUCUCCAACAACUAUCACCAUCACCUUACCUGGGACUGAUCCGCAGGAUGCAGAAAGAAGGAAAAAUCUUGCCCUCAAAGCAUUAAACGAGCGCCUGAGUAAAUCCAGUGAAGGGGCUGCCAACUGGCCUUCAAUGGACGAAGAUGAUGACAAAGUUACCUCCCCGCCUGCCAGCAACUCUCCGAGUGGAGGUUCAAAAAGUCCAUCUCCAGAUAGCACAGGGGACUCCCCAGCUAAAAAUAGCACAAGUUGAGGAACUCCUAUCUAAAAAAAAAACAAUGUGAAAUUUAAGUCGGAACGGGGUGGUUUCUUAGCUUAAAGUUUAAGCAUGACUACAAAUGCCUAAUAAGUAACAUUUUGUGUUCAUGUAUAUGUACUUAGGCAAGUUAUCUGCCUACAUUGUAUAUAUAAUGAUAAUAAGUUUUUCUUUUUAAGUCUUGAGACAAAAGAUUAUGAUUUAUGAUACAAAAAAGAACACAGAAAAUUUAUGAAUGAAAUAUAAUUUAAAUUUAUGAUGGGCAUUAUCGCUGGAAAUAAAAUCAGUUGUCUUCAAGAAAAUAUUAAAUUAAUUAUCAUUUCUUUGUCUCGAAUGAAUACAUGCGUAUUAGUGUCCGGGACAUGUUGAAAAUAAGUGUUCGUUGACAUGUACUUCUUUUAAAUUUUUCCUUGUGGUAGAAGUAACGUUAGUUUCAAUCUAUGUAUUAAAUGCAUUAUACUCAUUACAUUCAUUUUCUUAGUAUCAUGUAUAUAUAUAAAGAAAUUAAUAAUCUCUGUAUGAAGUGAUUGAAGCACAUGACAUUUGUGCCGAGGAAUAAUCCAAGCCUAACAGAGUUUUUGAAGGCUCAUGCAGUUAGUGUACCAAACAGUUAUGUUAAAAACGUAACAAGCUUAAUCACUUAGGGAUUUCAUCAAGAGUCAUAGGAGUAGUUUCGUACCUAGGUGAGAUUUUCAACAGUGCAUUACUGCUGUCUUUAAACUAUCCCAGGUACAAAAAUUGCUCCUAGAUUCUUGAUGGAUCUGCCUCCUGGGAUUUCAUUAGGCCCGGGCGAGAUAAUACCACACCGGGCCUUUGAUCGGGCAACAUGCAUUUUGCAUCAAUUGGAUAGAUAGACUUAUAAUGUAUGGCUAUAUGUUUGUGAAAGAUACAUUGAAUAAUUCUGUGAUAAUCAUCCUUUUAUGUAAUUCGAAUUUUCUGUUCAAUGUAUAAUAUAUUCUAUAACUACAUUUAAACACCAUUAAUCCAAAAUUGUCGGGACCCAAGUGAAAAUGUUGAAAAACAAUAUUUCAAACAAUAUUUCCUAUUUACAAUUUUGAGAAAAUGACAGCGUUCCCAAAUUAUUGAUGACUUAAAUUAUUAACAAGCUUCAUGUUACAUUUAGUUUGAGUGAUCGUUCAGUAUACAUGCUUAAUGAAUUAUUGUUAAAUAAUUGACAAAUAAUUUGUUAUUAUAAUUCUUUAAUACUUUUAUUUAAACAACAUUAUACAUUUCACUUUAAAAUUUCUAAACUAAACUAAAUAACGGUACAGAAAAUGUCUAUUUGAUUUCCGUGUUUUUGUUGAUUUCAGUUGUCUUUGUUUUAAUUAUCAGUGUAUAUAUUUAUUCUCACACUUAUUGCUCAAUGUCAUUCUUAACAAGUGUUAAUUGUGCUCCAUAAUCACCUCAAGCCAAUGCCCGACUGCUAUCACAGUAUGGGAACUGUGAGAUGAUCAAGUUUCCAAAUAAUGAUUGAUAAAUAGGUGUGAAAUACCAAAUCCUGACCGUACUUAAAAUAGCGACUUCGGAUUAUUGAUUUAAAACAUUUUAGUUAAACAAAGAAGGAAUAAAAACGGUACAUUCAAAAGAGCGAUAAUUUGGCAUAAACGAUGUUUGGAAUAGUGGUGUUUUAAUGUUACGUAUAUCAUUGUUUCCUCUAAGUGCUGUUUGUUAACUGUUUUAGAUAUUUAAGCAACUAGAAGAUGUAUGUUAAAAAACUGAGGUACAGGUAUAUUUUGGGUUAUAGCAAUGGAGGUAAAACAGGAUGGGUUCAUGUUCAUGUAAUUUAUGUGUAGCUUUACAUCCUUGAAUGAUGUAGUACACAAUCAGUAGUCCAAACGUUCAUGUACUUGUAUGUGUAGGUGCACAUACCUGAUAACAUAGUACACAAUAAGUAGUCCACAAUUUCAUGUACUUGUAUGUGAAGGUGCACAUACCUGAUGACAUAGUACACAAUAAGUAGUCCACAAGUUCAUGUACUUGUAUGCUUAGCUUCACAAUCGUGAUGACAUAGUACACAAAAAGUAGUCCACAAGUUCAUGCACAUGUAUGUGUAGCUUCACAUACCUGAUGACAUAGUACACAAUAAGUUGUACACAAGCUCAUGUAUGUGUACUUUUGUGUAGCUUCACUUACUUGAAUGACAUAGUACACAAAAAGUAGUCCACAAGUUCAUGCACUUGUAUGUGUAGCUUCACAUACCUGAUGACAUAGUACACAAUAAGUUGUACACAAGCUCAUGUAUGUGUACUUUUAUGUAGCUUCACUUACUUGGAUGACAUAGUACACAAUAAGUUGUACACAAGUUCAUGUAUGUGUACUUUUGUGUAGCUUCACUUACUUGGAGGACAUAGUACACAAUAAGUUGUACACAAGUUUAUGUAUGUGUACUUUUGUGUAGCUUCACUUACUUGAAAGAAAUAGUACACAAUACGUUGUCCACAAGUUCAUGUACAUGUUCUUUGCUUACUUGAAUGACAUAGUACACAAUAAGUAGUCCAUAAGUUCAUGUACAUGUUCUUUGCUUACUUGAAUGACAUAUAGUACACAAUAAGUAGUCCAUAAGUUCAUGUACAUGUUCUUUGCUUACUUGAAUGACAUAGUACACAAUAAGUAGUCCAUAAGUUCAUGUACAUGUACUUCGCUUACUUGAAUGACAUAGUACACAAUAAGUUGUCCACAAGUUCAUGUACAUGUUCUUUGCUUACUUGAAUGACAUAGUACACAAUAAGUUGUCCACAAGUUCAUGUACAUGUUCUUUGCUUACUUGAAUGACAUAGUACACAAUAAGUUGUCCACAAGUUCAUGUACAUGUUCUUUGCUUACUUGAAUGACAUAGUAAACAAUAAGUUGUCCACAAGUUCAUGUACAUGUUCUUUGCUUACUUGAAUGACAUAGUACACAAUAAGUUGUCCACAAGUUCAUGUACAUGUUCUUUGCUUACUUGAAUGACAUAGUACACAAUAAGUAGUCCAUAAGUUGUUGUACAUGUACUUGUAAGUGUUGCUUUACAAACAUGUACAAGUUGCAGUCAAGUUUUGAGUUUGGAAAAGUUGUUAGCAAACUUUCACAUCACAGUUAAACUUAUGAAAGCUUGCUGAUCCAUUUUGUUUACAAACUUAAUAAAUGUAGCAGUUGAAAGCUAUAAUUACUGCAAAACAUACGAUUUGUGGAAUUCUAGUUUUAAUCUUCGUACUGUUUAUUAGUGUAUGGGAUGAGAAAAAAUCAAGAAAACAAAUGGUGGGAUAGUCUUUAGUAAAUGUUAUAUAUGUUAUUUAUUUUUCUAUAACUAAUCAUGUAUGUGAGAAUGUUGUUUAUGUUAGACUAGUAAUCUAGCCUUAAAGCAAUCUAUUGUGUAUGGUGAUUUUAAAUGUUAUCUAUCAAUUUUAUACUAGUAUUUCUUUAUUUAUUGUUUCCAUUAUUGUCAUAGUUUAAAUCGUAAAAGUCAAUAUCGUCAAACCUCAAAAUAAAGGUGUUAGUUAUGUUACGACUGAUGUUGUUAAAAGUUGUCAUGUUACAAACCAGAAAGUAAAAUACAGCAUCGGUCAUGAUUUUUUUUACACACCAUAAGGGAAAAUAUGGUCAAGUUAUUACACACCAGAAAAAAAUGACAUUAUACUUUUGUACUAUACUACAGAAAUUUUGUUAUAUGUACAUGUAUGUACAUCUGAAUUAUUUUUCAUGCCCCAAUAUCGUGUUCCUUAAUAGUUGUAUUUGGUGGUAAAUGUUAGCGUGUCAGUUUUUCAUCAAAACUUCAACCAUCAUAUUUUAACCUUAAUAUCAUUAUAUAGAUGAAACUUGGUAUACACGUUGCCAGAGACAAUGCACACAUGGACAUCAAGGCCCAUAACUCUUGUUUUAAUAAUUUAAUAUUUGUAUAAUUGUCAGUAAUUUUCCUUGUUUGACUACAAAAUACAACAGAGGAAAGUUCGCUCUGCGGCACUCUCAUUGUUAAGGUUAAUUAUUUAACAUUGCUGGGGGUUUGUUAUUUAACUUGUGAUUGUUGACAAGUAUGAUUGUGUCUUAAAAUAUUCCAGGUGUAUUGUUAUGUCUAGUUUUGUUGCUUUGAUCUUGUUAAUCAUAAUAAAUGCUCAUAUACACUGAGAUAAGCUGAUAUAGGUCUUGGAAGUAUAUUUUGAAAUGGACAGUUUUUGGCAUACCAGAAAUACAUACUUUACAUGAUUAAGAAAUUUGAAUUAUUGUGAAAAUAUCCAUGACAAUGUGAAUGAUGCUAAAUAAGAUUACAUUCUCCCUCGAUCACCUUGAUAAAAACUACUUUGUUUAGAAAAACAGUAUAUUGAAACCAUGUUCAUGUGUUUUUGCUUUUCCGGAUUUAUCAUGUGACUUGUGAAUAUCUCGGUUGCUUUAACAGUUAAAGUGACACUCAUAUUCAAAUCAAUACAUUCACAUGUAUAAUAAACAUUAGCGUUGAGUGAUAAACCUUGUAACUACUUAUUAAAUAAUGAUUUUAUGGAAAAUUAUUUUUAGUUCUGCUUAUAUGGGAGUAAGAGCGAAUCUUUAAGGGUAUUCCUAAUAGAAUGGAUCGGCAUACUGUCAAUUUAAUCAUGCCAACCCCAUGAGGGUCACCAUUCUAUUUUUAGACACAGAAAAAGAUGAUGUCAUAUCCUUGCUUAUGUCAUAUUUACUUAAAGACCAAAAUCUGCAUGUCACAGUUGACAGAUUAAGAUGCAUGUAUGUAUAUGGUGGGCAAAUAGUUGUGAUUUUGACAUUUUCUGAUGUUGGCAAGCGUAUUAGUGUACAUCAUACGGUGGGGAAUUCUUUAAAUCUUUGUGUUAUUUUGUUAGUGUUGAGUGCAACAAUUCACGUAGUUGUCGGCCAUUAUUGUGGUAUUUUGUUACAGGUUUAUUUAAUGUUUAAGCACUUUUCCUUACCUCCUUUUUCUAGCUUAUGCUAGUACAAUGUACAUUUUUAUGUCAGUCUCUUUUAAUUGAAGUAUUGCUUUUGUUUAUCCAAUAGUUACUUUAUACACUUGUAUGUGAACCGUGAUUAAGCAGAAAUCGGUCAAGUCUUAUAGCAUCAAAUAGAACAGAUGUUGCAAAAGUACAAAAUCAAAUUGUCAUUAAACUAAAACACAAUAGCACGCCCAUAGCAAAAAAAAUCAAUAAAUUAUCAGAUAUUUUCAGGGUAAAUAAAGUUUCUUUUUCUAUUAAGUAUAUCUCACAGGAGGCAUUGAACUGCUCAUUCAAAGAUUCAACAAUUAAAUCUAUUUUUGCUUGUCACAUUUCAUUUAUUUGCAUCAAUCAUGUAACUUGGAAAGAAAGAUAUUUUUUAAUCUUUUGUUAACUUGUAAGUACUGAAAUUAUGAAUAUACUUAGCAUGUUUGAAUUGUAUACUAGAUAAUUAACAGUACUGGGUUUAAUUUGAAUUAUGAUUGUCAUAUGAAUCGGUAUAUGCUUUGCAUGUUAAACAUGUAUUACUAGGUAAUUUAAAGUUCAUGUGUAUUGGGUUUUAUUGGAAUUUGUAAAUUGAAAUGCUAUAAUUCAUAUAUUGUUUGGGGGAUAAAAUUAAAUGUAUAUGAAUUACAUUGAACUUAUCCAUUAACAUUAGAACAUUUGUCACCAUGGUUACAGUCAUCACAGUCAUCGAAAGGAGCAUAUUCUUGUUCAAGACCAUAAAUGUUUUUAUCAUUAUAAUAACCCACAAGUCUGAAUAUCAAAAAGAAAAACAGAAUCUUGUUUCACAACCAUAGGCUAAGUUUGGGCUUGUAAGCUUAAAAUCAUUUCGAUCACAGCCAUUUUAUUAGCACAUCUUUUUUUCAAAAAGUAAAAUAUAUAUAUUGAGGUAUUGUCAUAGCCUUGGUGUAAUCCUUAACUUUCGCCUUGGCCAUAACUCAGAGUUGAUGAUAUAAAACUUGGUACACACAUAUCCACACAUGCAUUGCAAGGCCAACUUGGUACACACAUAUCCACACAUGCAUUGCAAGGCCCAUAACUCUGGAUUUGUUAAUUGUCAAGUUAUGCCCCUUGUUUGACUAAAAGCAACAACAAGCGAGCGUUGACAUUCCCUCUAUGGCACUCUUGUUUUUAGUAAUGCGGGCUUAGUCAUACUAUUUGUUGCUUAUGAGUUAGUUUUUACAUUUAAACGUACUUUCUGCUUUUUUUCUGUUCAAAUGUGACAUCAUUACUACCGUGUGAUGAAGGUUUGUUUAUGUAUAAUAACAUUCACAGGCAUGCAAAUGUUGGAAAUAAAGGAUUUAACCUUGA